AUGGAAAAAUUCCACAUAGUAAGUUGGAAUGUAAAUGGGUGGAAAAAAAGUAAUGAACUAAUAAAAAAAAAAGAUGGUAAUUUAUAUGAAUUUUUAAAAAAAUUAGAUAUAGAUAUUCUAUGCUUACAAGAAACAAAAACAAAUGAUUCAGUUAUUGAAAAUGAUUUUAAUUUAUUAGAUGCUUAUUCUGAUAAUUAUGAAUCCUACUGGAAUUGCUGUAAAAGAAAAAAUAAAGAGAAAAUUUUCAAAGGAUAUUCAGGAAUUGCUACAUAUGUAAAUAAUAAAAGUAAAAUUAUAUGUUCUACGAAUAAACCAUUCCAAAAUUUUUCCUUUUUUACAAAUAACGUUUCGAAAGAAGAUUUAUUGAUUAAGAGAAAAUCAAAAAUAGAUGAUUCUUCAUUAUCAUUUUUUUUAAUUAAUGAAGAUAACAGUGAUAGUAAUAAAAAUGAUAAAAAUAUUAUUAAAAUAAGGGAUAAAGGAGAAAAAAUAAUGAAUAGCGAAAAUAAAGAAAACACAUAUUUUCUCAAGAGUGUUAGUGAUUUUUUCAAUGAAGGGAGAAUUUUAAUUACAAUUCAUAAAAAUUUUAUAGUUGUUAAUAUAUAUGCCCCUUAUUCAGGUAAUAAUUACGAUAGACUAGAUUACAAAAUGAAAUUUCUUCAUGCUGUUAGGGCAAAAUUAAUACAAUUAAGAAUCACAACUGGAUUACCAAUAAUCUUAUUAGGUGAUCUUAAUAUAUCCUAUAGAAACAGAGAUGUUUAUUACCUAAAUAAUAUUAUUAACUUAAAUAAAUUAUUAGCAAAUAUAGAAAAAAUUAACUUGAAGGAAGAUUUAAAGAACAAAAUUAGUAACAAAUUACCAUUAAUAAUAAAUACACUUAAAAAUAAAAAUAAUUUCAUAAUCAAAAAGCAGAAAACGGAAAGUAAUGAAUUUUUUCAUUUUUUUCUAAACUUUGAUAGUGAUUUAAAAAAAAUAGGAAAUAACUUUAGUUCACGUGAAGAAAUUUUUUUUUUUUUUUCUUUAGAUACAAUUUCUAUAGAAGAUAAAUAUAUAAAUUAUCCUAAUGAAUACUAUUUUUUUGUUAAUAAUUCUAUGAAUAUUUUUGAAUCAACAAAUGAAAAAGAUAAUUUAGAAGAGAAAGAGAAAAAAAAUGAAGAUAUGAAUAAUUUUGAAAUGGAUUCAAAAUUAAGAAUAAACUCUUCCUUCAAAGACAAAAAUAAUCAAAAUUUUAUUUUGAAUAAUAAUAAUGACAAUAAUAAUAAUAAUAAUAACAAUAAUAUUAGUAAUAGUUGUAAUCAUUUGGUUAAUUCUAAUUAUUUUAGUGUAAUUAAUGAUUACAGUAUUAAUUAUAACAAAAAAUAUUUAAAUAAAAUCAAGGAAAAUGAUGCUUUAUCUGAGAUUAUAAAAAAAAAAAAUAGAAUCAACUACGAAUUAAAGAAAAAGUAUGAAUCUUUUUCAAUUGACAGCAAAUACUUACUCAAGAAUAUUACUAAAAAUAAGAACGAGGAAAUAGAAGAAUAUUUCUUAAAAAAUAAAGAAAAUAUAAAAUAUAAUGAAAGAUUGAAAAACAAAAUAAAAAAUUGCAAGAAAGUAUUAUGCAAAUAUAAAUUUAAGAGUUGUUUAAAAGGAAAAUAUAUAGUUAAAAAUGAAAACUGUUUAUAUUUAAAGCAUUUAAAUGAUAUAUUUUUAUCUUUAAAUAUAAUUCUUUCAGAAGAUGAUUUAUUAAAUAUAGCUAAUGGUGUAGGUUUUUCCUCUUCGCCAAUGUGUUGUACAAAUUUUUUGAAAAAUUUAAUUUUUGAAGAUAAUAUGGUUGAUACCUUUUCCUAUUUUCAUGAGACAAUUAAUGGAAAGUUUACAUGCUGGGAUACAUAUAAACAAUAUAGAGUAACAAAUGAAGGAUCACGAAUUGAUUAUAUUUUAAUUGAUUAUAUUCUUUAUGAAAAAUUUAUUAAGGAAUACAACUACUUAUAUGAGUCACCAAUUAUUUUAAAUGAUGAGUUAAAAAAAUUAUUAUUAAAGAAUAAUAAAAAUGAUGACAUGGAUUAUGAUUAUAUAAAUUCACUGUAUAACAACAGAAAUUAUGCUAAUUAUUUUAAUAAACUAAAAAAAAAGAUAAAAAAUGGUUUCGUUGAGGAUAUAAAUAAUAAUGAAGAUGAUGAAUUUUAUGAUUUACAAUUUAAAUUUUUAAGUUAUAUUGGUUUUAUAUACACUUCACCAAAAUUAAGUGACCAUAUUGCUGUUAAUUGCACAUUUAUUAUCAAUGACAAUUUAACAAAAUGUAUAAAAAAAGAUAUAAAAAUAUGUUGUUCAGAUUAUGAUAUUUCUUUAAAAUAUAUUUGUAAUACAUUAGAUCAAUAUAUUACUUAUUUUCCGAUUUAUUUAAUUAAUUCUCCUAUUUUUUCUUUAUGUUGUUAUACGUUUCUAAAUCAUACGCAUUUACGUAACAAUGUAUGCCAAAGUAUAAUAGAAACUCAACCACACAAGAAAACAAAUAAAAUAACUCAAUAUUUUAGCAAAAAAAGAAAAAAUUAA